GAGUCCAGCAUUCGGGAGUGAAAAAAAGAAUUUGCUCACUCAGUUUUAUUCCGUCGGUUGAGUGCGGGUUAGUCGCCGGUAUCGUUAAAAGGAGUAGUCAGUUUUGAGACUUCGUGCGGUGCAGGCACCUGUGCAGAAAAUACACCAAUUGUUCACAGGCAUUGGGGGUCUGGUAAACAUGACAGAACCGAAUAUGGAAAAUUUACCAGAUAGAAUAGCUGAUAUGUAUGAGAAUACAGAGAUUCUUAUCACUGGUGGGACUGGCUUUCUUGGUAAAGUGAUAGUGGAAAAAUUUUUACGCUGCAUACCCAAUGUUGGUAAAAUACACAUUCUCGUGAGACCGAAGAAGGGAAAAGAUCCGAAAAAUCGUCUCGAGGAGAUUUUCAAUUCGCCGCUAUUCGAGAAAGUCAGGAAUUUGCGAGGCUUGCCAGCCCUUCACAAGACCGUCUGCGUCGUUAAUGGAGAUGUAGCGUUACCAGGAUUGGGACUGUCACCAGAGGAUAGACAAAUACUCUGUGAGAAGAUCAGCAUUGUUUAUCAUGGAGCUGCUACUGUGAGAUUUGACGAGGGCCUGAAACGUGCUGUAUUGCUGAACACACGUGGUACCAAACAAAUGCUCGAAUUGGCCAAAGAUAUGAAACACUUGAAGCUAUUUGCUCACAUCAGCACAGCUUAUUGUCACUUGGAGGAGAAAGUGCUUCAGGAAAAACCGUAUCCACCACCAGCGGAUCCCCACAAAAUAAUAAAAUGUGUGGAAUGGAUGGAAGACGACGUUGUCGAGGCUAUGACCGAUAAAAUUCUGGGAAAAUUGCCAAACACCUAUGCUUUCACGAAAGCAUUGUCCGAGGGACUUGUAGAGGAGGCCAUGGCCGAUAUUCCAGCCAUCAUUCUCCGUCCAAGUAUCAUAAUACCAGUGUGGAAGGAGCCCCUUCCCGGGUGGACGGACAAUAUCAACGGGCCAACAGGACUUCUAAUUGGCGCAGGAAAAGGCGUAAUAAGAACCAUGUAUUGCGAUGAGCGCGGUUACGCUGACUAUCUUCCUGUUGACAUAGCAGUCAAUGCCAUACUAGGUGUAUCAUGGAACUUCAUACACACCAAAGACGACAGAAGAGUCUACAAUUUAACGAGUAGCCACGAGUUCAAAGUCUCUUGGAGAGAGAUUAUUGAGCGCGGUCGUAAAAUAACGGAAAAGGUUCCGCUGAAUGGUGUUGUGUGGUAUCCCGGUGGUAGCAUGAAGAAAUCACGCUUUAUUCACAAUAUAUGCGUUUUAUUUUUCCACAUGAUACCGGCUUAUUUCAUCGACACUCUGAUAUUUCUAGCUGGCCAUAAACCCAUCAUGUGCCGAGUACAUCGAAGAAUCAACAAGGGUUUCGAGGUGUUCGAGUACUACGCCAACAAUCAAUGGGACUUCGAGAAUCACAGCAUCGAAGUUGUUAGAGAUAAUUUUAAUGAAAGAGAGCGCAAGAGUUACCAGCUCAACGGUGACGAUAUGGAUUUGGAUGCCUACUUCGAGGCUUGCAUCCGAGCAGCACGAAUCUAUAUCCUCAAUGAACCACCCGAGACAAUACCAGCUGCACGAAGGCAUAUGCGAGUGAUGUACUGGGUGGACGUGUUCACGAAGUUUAUGUUCUUCGUCCUUCUGAUCUAUAUGCUCUGCAGCUGGAGUGACAGUUUCAGAGCAUUUCUGAUCGGUGGCUGGACAGUCGUUGCCAACGCCGUCGACGUUUAAAGUUACAAAAAAAUGUAGCACAUUUCCUAUUUUCUACUGUUAUUACUGUAACUUUUAUCAUCAUUACCGACUCAUUGUAAUUAAAAUAAAAUGAAUGAAUAUCUAAA